AGUUUGUAUUGAAAUACAAUUGCUGCUAUUUUGUGCUAACGACUGCUGUAAUAAAUAUUAUAAUUUAAUUAUGGACUACUUAGUGAAUAUAAACUGGAACAAAAUCACACCAUGCCUUGUUUUAUUAGUACUAGAAGUAGUUUUAGAAUUUUCAGAGUGCGCGACGCCGGCGGAGGUAAAUAAACACCUGGAAUUAGGUCGGGACUUUCUUGCUAGAGGUCAGCUCUCAGAUGCUCUAACGCACUAUCAUGCAGCUGUCGAGGGUGAUCCUAAUAACUACCUCACAUAUUUCAAGCGUGGCACGGUGUACUAUGCUCUUGGCAAAGCCAAGUUUGCAUUACAAGACUUUACUAAGGUAUUAGAGUUGAAACCAGACUUCACGUCAGCACGGCUGCAGCGUGCUAAUGUAUACCUUAAAUUAGCACAAUUCAAAGAAGCCAAAGAGGACUAUCUACAAGUGACGUACGCGGACCCGUACAACGAGGAGGCGAUAUCGCAGUACCACAAGGUGGACGAGUACGCGGAGGAGCUGCGGCUGACGGAGGCGGCCUUCCGCGACGGCGACUUCCGCGCCGCCGCCGCGCGCGCCACGCGUCUGCUGGACGCCGCGCCCUGGGCCGCCGCGCUGCGCCACACCAGGGCCGAGUGCUACAUCGCCAUGAACGACCUGUUCUCGGCAGUAUCGGAUAUCCGGUCGGUGAACCGUCUGCAGCAGGACUCCACCGACGGCUACUACCGCCUCGCCUCUCUCCUCUACCGCCUCGGACACGUCAGCGACGCACUCAAGGAAAUUCGUGAGUGCCUCAAGUUAGAUCCGGAACACAAGAAAUGUUUCCCCCUUUACAAGAAGCUAAAGAAAGUGGACAAACUCCUGUUAGACUGCGAGUCGUUAAGCGAAGCGAGGGACUUCCCCGGGUGUAUAGCAUCGGCAAAGAAAGUGCUGCAAGUAGAGGAUGAGGUCACGCUGGUCGUGUUUGAAGCGAGGAAGUGGUUGUGUAGCUGCUCCGUCAAGGACGAGCAGUUUACGGAGGCGCUGGCGGAGUGCGGCGCGGCGCUGCAGCUGCAGCGCGACGCGCGUGUGCUGUGCGACCGCGCGGAUGCGCUGCUGGGGCUAGACAUGUUCGACGACGCGAUCCAGUCGUACAAAGAGGCGCUAGAGUUAGAGGAGGGGCUGCAGCGCGCUAAGGACGGCCUCGGUCGAGCGCAGAAGCUGCAGAAGCAGUCCGAGCAAAGGGACUACUACAAGAUCCUGGGGGUCAAGAGGUCCGCCAACAAGCAGGAGAUAGUGAAGGCGUACCGCAAGGCGGCCCAGAAGUGGCAUCCGGACAACUUCCACGGCGACGAGAAGAAACUGGCGGAGAAGAAGUUCAUCGACAUAGCCGCGGCCAAGGAGGUGCUGACGGACCCGGAGAAGCGCGCGCAGUUCGACGCGGGCGCGGACCCGCUGGACCCGGAGGGGGCGCGCGCGGGGGGAGGGGGGCCCUUCCACGCGCCCUUCCACCACUUCCAGCACGGCAGCCCCUUCCAGUUCAAGUUCCACUUCAACUAGCCGACCCCCGCCGCCUGCUAAUAAUAUCGUCUCGAUCUUCCUCCUCACCUCGCCGAGUGCGCAAUUCAACAGGUAUAAAAUCUGAAACGAGACCUCCGUUCGUCUCUAGAGUUCGUCCCUCGAGCCUGAUAUGGAAGUCACCUACAAAAUUAGUACGAAACGAACAUCCAAUUAUCGGACCCCCCCCCCCCCCCCCCCUUAUCUAAUAAACGUUAAAACAACACCCGACAUAUGUCCCGGCGAUAGUAUUUUAAGCACACGGAGAAAAUUAGCAUCAUAAAAAAUACCACCGUCAUACCUGUCUUAUUUUUCCGGAGCGAGCGUUCCUCGUCCGCGGUAUGAAACAUUUCAAAAUGUUUUAAGAGAGAUUUUCUCACAGAAAGAGCGAUAUGAGUCUGUAUCGAUGCUUCGACUGCUGUAGAACGAUUGUGAUAACUGAAUAGUAGUAGAAACUUAGUACUGAAUAUUGUAGCGCGCUAACUUUUGCGCGUAUAAUUUUAGUAUAAUAUAAAUACCUAGAUAGUUUUCCAAAUGAGCGUCCGAUUCAACACUCAUCGAACGAAUCGUUAGUCGUUUACAAUUUAACGGUCUUUAUACGUUUAUAAUUUAUUUAAUUAUUACUGUUUUUUUUUUUACAUAACAAAUCGAUGUUUGCUAAUUUUCUUCUUUGUAAUAUUAUUGAAAUGAUGCCAUCACGAAACUAAACUUUAUGGGCAUUUUCUGCUUGUCUUAUAUAACAUGUAGUUAUAAUAUAUUAUUUUAACUGCUUUAUUGAAGUUUGUCUUACAAUAAGAUAAAGCUCAAAUUUUUUUAUGCGUUCGCAUGUUAACUUUGUUGCAUGAUUUGUUGACUCUUGUUGAAAUAAAAGCAUCAAUUCGAAACUUUAAUAUAGUUUUCUAUAUAAUAUUGUUAACAUCGAUUAUUUAGACCGUUUCGAUGAACUUUUAAUUUUAUCAUUUUCAAAGUACAAUUUUAUUAUGUUAUAAUCUCAUGGAUUGUGGUAAUAUCACUUUCAAAUAUUGCCUAAAGCUUAAUAUUAACAUUACCUUCUCGUUUGCCAUCUAUACUUGACGUAUGCUGUGUUCAUUGAUAUAAUACGAUUAAUGUAUAUUUUACAUUUCUGCAUUAUUAAAAUAAUCUUCCAGGAUUUUUAGAUCCUCUUAAUUAAUAGUUUCCACCGUAAUAUCUUCACUCUAUCGCACUAGUUAAAGAUGAGCAGUGUUUCUAGUUAAUCGAUCUUUUAUACCAACUAGAGGCGUUCCUUUGGCCCGGUUGAUUCGGCCAAAGUUUAUCCACAGGCUAACGAUGUACAGUCGCCAAAAAAAAUCUAUAGGUACGCUUUUGACGGAUGAUCACUCUUAACAGAAAUAUAGAGAGACAUGUGAUGUGAAAAUUGUAUCAAUAUUUUUUUAUAAGUGAUUGUACAUAUGAAACUCACCUCAGCAGAGUACAGUCACCGUUAAAAGUGUUAACAUUUAUUCAAUUUUUUUUUUUAAGUUAUUUAUCAAUGAAAAUUAGUUCGCUGACUGUACUGUGACGCGGUGUGCGAUCAGCUAGUUUUAUAGUCAACUGAGAUUCGUCACUCUGUGCAGUGGCGGUCGAUUGUGUAUAAAUAUUUAUUUUAAAUAAGGUACUUUGUUGUGAUCCUUAUAACUUGUAAAUAUUUUUAGAAUAAUAAGUUAUUACAACAG